AUGGAGGACGUUUGGACUAUGAAGAGGGAACUACCAGAUUUUAUGGGGACAAAUCCUGUUGGUUGGAUCUCUGCGGCUGAAAAGUUCUUUGAGAAGAACAAAAUUCAUUCCGAAGAUAAGUUGCAGUGGGCAUUCAUGAGCAUGGAAGAUGAAGGAGCGAUGCUAUGGUUUUAUUAUUGGUGCGAAGAGAAUCCAGAUGCUGACUGGAAUUCACUUUUUAAGGCUAUGACUAGAGAAUUUGGAGCACAAAUGGUGCAAAAUCAAGAAUCUAAGCCGAAACUAUGGAAGGUGAUAGAAACACACGAUAAGCCAAAGUUAGAGGAGAUGAACUUCACUGUAGAACGAGAAGCAAAAGGUUAUGCAAAAGUAGAAUCUGACUCCAAAGAGAUUGUUGAUAUAGUGAUAGAAACGGAUUACCGAAAACGAGGAGCAAAAGCAAAGUGUGACAGAAGAAUGAAUAAGAUGCAAAGAAAGUAG